AUGGUAACUGCCCUGCACACCAUUGAGAAAAGAAUGUGGGAAGCUCUUCUGGCAUUCCUCAUGCUCUGUGGUGGUUCUGCUGUCAUGGUGCUUCUUUACAUGUGGUUUGCCUGGUAUGCUUCUCUGUAUGCAAUGAGAUUGAGGGCUGAUACUACUGGUAAUGGCGGCACAAAGAAUGGGCUCUCUGUUUCUGAUAUCCAGAAGCUCCCCACAUUCAUAUGCACCACUCACAGUGAAAGUUUGAGUGUUGAUACAGAUGGGUAUGGAAGGAGGACUGUAGUGAAGAGUGGUUAUGAAGUUUUUCUCUGUGAAGAUUCAGAAUGCACUGUAUGUUUGGAGCAGUUCAAGGAUGGAGAAAGGUGUUUGCUUAUGCCCAUUUGCAGACAUUGCUUCCAUGUUGACUGUGCAAAAGCUUGGCUUUCCAAGCAACCUCACUGCCCUGUUUGCAGAACCAGUGCUCAGCCCAAAUAUGAGCCACAACAGAAGGUGAACUUUGGGUCUAAUCAACAUGCUCCUGAUGCUGUAACCAUUGAUGUUUUGUCUCAGGAAUGA